AUAAAAUUAAUUGAAAAAAAAAAAAAACAAAUUAGUUAUGUUGGGAUUAAAUCAAGUAAAACCAUGGACGUUCAACGAGAUACACAGCGAUACUCAUCCAAGUCAUAAAGUGGGUCAAUGGAUUUGUCGUGAAUCUAUUAUUUUGUAGGUUGAGGGGCUGUGACAAAGCUUUGCUGUGAAUCUUCAAUCUUCUCUUGAGGGGCGUGUGACAAAGCUUUGCUGUGAAUCUUCAAUCUUCUCGUCUCUUCCUCAGUUUCUUGAAUUCUACCUGUUUCUAGAACUAAAGGCGUAUUGAUUUUGGUAUUCAAGUAUUUGAAACAAUGAUAUCUCGUUAUCUUACUGCAUUUUAUCAAGAAAAUGUCCAAUCUAGUGGGGAAAAUGUGAUGAGUGCAAUAGUCCCGCUGAUGAAACUGAUAUCUCUCACUCUUAUUGGACUGUUUCUUGCUCAUCCGAAAACUCAAAUGAUUCCAAGAGCCACGUUUAAGCUUCUCAGCAAGCUUGUUUUUGCCCUUUUCCUGCCCUGCCUUAUCUUUACGGAACUGGGUGAAUCAAUUACACUUGAUAACUUUGUUCGUUGGUGGUUUAUUCCAGUCAACGUAUUGAUUAGUACGGCAAUUGGUUGCGUUCUUGGGUACUUGGUGGUGAUUGUGUGUCGCCCACCGCCGCAGUUGACCAGAUUUACCAUUAUCAUGACUGCUUUUGGGAAUACUGGAAAUCUUCCCCUUGCUGUUGUUGGAUCUGUUUGUCAUAGUGCAGAAAACCCAUUUGGGGCCCAUUGUAAUUCGAGAGGGGUUGCCUAUGUUUCUUUUGCUCAGUGGGUUGCUGUAAUUCUUGUUUAUACCCUCGUUUAUCACAUGAUGGAGCCUCCAGAGGAAUACUAUGAAAUUGUUGAGGAAGGUGUUGAGAUUCAGGAACAACCAGCAGUAAACAAUGUUAGUAGGCCUCUACUUGUAGAAGCUGAAUGGCCGGGUAUUGAGGACAAAGAAACUGAGCAUUCCAAGACACCCUUUAUUGCUAGGAUUUUCAAAAGCAUCUCAAGUGUUUCACAGUCUGCUUUGUCAGAUGUUGAUUUCUCAGGGGAAGCUGGUGGUGGAGGCAGUCCUAGGUCCAUUAGAUGUUUGGCAGAGCCAAGGGUAGUCAGGAGAAUUAGAAUUGUUGCUGAACAAACUCCCAUAAAGCACAUACUUCAGCCCCCAACGAUUGCUUCCCUCUUGGCCAUUAUUAUUGGGACGAUACCUCAGUUAAAAGGAUUUUUCUUUGGAUAUGAUGCUCCACUCUUGUUUGUCACUGAUAGUUUAGAGAUUUUAGCGGGGGCAAUGGUGCCUUCUGUGAUGCUUAUUCUUGGAGGUAUGCUUGCAGAGGGGCCAAAUGAGUCUAAACUUGGACUUCGAACUACUAUUGGCAUAAGCGUGGCAAGGCUCGUGCUGCUUCCUCUGCUUGGAAUUGGAGUUGUUGCAUUAGCUGAUAAGCUGAACUUUCUGGUUGCUGGUGACUCGAUGUACAGAUUUGUGCUCUUGCUACAGUAUACAACACCAACUGCAAUCUUAUUGGGAGCAAUUGCAAGUUUGAGGGGAUAUGCAGUUAGCGAGGCUUCAGCACUUCUCUUCUGGCAGCAUGAUGAUAGAAGCACAUAUUCUCUUGAAGUUCUGGAGUUGUUUAUUAACAGGUUCAAGCCCAACAAACAAUUCAGGGUAACAUUUUGACCAGCUAGUUGCUUCUAAGGAUGGAACAAUGAACAAGUGGAGGCCGUAUUUUCUCCAUUAUUAUGUUGGACCAGGACUUGAAUAUAUAUAUAUAUAUAUAUUUUGUGGUAAAAACCAGGAAUGCAAUUUGAACGUGAAACUUACUUGGAAAUUUGUAUGACUAGGUAAUACGAAGUUGUUUUCUUGUAGUUUCUUUGUCAAUGACAACUUGACCUCCAAUUCAUGUUUUGAAUAGUCUUGAUUCUUGAAGCCAAGUUGUCAAAUGACCAUAAACAGGUAUUAUUAUAUUAUAAUUCGGUAGGAUUAUAUGUUAUUGAGGUUGAAGGUCAAACAUACUAUCUAACUUGGUCGGCAGAUUCUUACCCCCCCCC